UAAGUGGCUGCACGGACCAGGCACGAACAUCAACACCACAUUAUGCACGCAAUUCACACCGUUCGCACCGCCUCCUUCACCUAUCCGCUUGGAAGCACACAAGUGUUACAUUUGUUCCAUGCUGAAGUCAAAUGAUCCAACCUAGCCCUUGCGGAUAGAGCACCUACUUUCAGAGUCUCGCUUGGACUUAUCAACUGUUCCGUUGCGGUGCCGGCGUCCGGGGUGGUAUCGCACCGUUGAGAUUCUCAUUGGCCUGCCACAUUCGUCGACUAUAUCGACAAUCAAGCUUCUUUCUAGUUUAAGAAGGUGGUAACACCGUCAACCGCUCCUGCGAGGUACCAUGGCGAACAUGGAUUGCAAUCAACGACAGUUCCUCCGUCCUCUCUUAUACCCCGGCAACCCCGCCGGUUCAGUCUCAACAUCCCAUGACUUGACAUCUUCGACACUGGUUCCUCGCAGCGGAACCUACGGCACCAUGAACAUGGCUUCUCCGGACAUUGAGAAGCGGCCUUUGGUGGUCGAGAAGGAAGAACUCAUGCCUCGUUCAGUCAAGAAAGCCCGAACACGACGGGUUCUCUUGUCAGUCUUGUGGCUCUUCGCUUCACUCUUCGUUACCGGGUUUGUCCUCCAUGGCCUGGGUAUACCGUCAUGCCGGAGAUCCGAUGUCCACGAGCAAUUCUCACCGAUUAGUUCCACGUCAAACGGAAAAUAUGCCCACCCGGUUGAAGGUCUCGAGACUACCAAGCCAGUAACUCUCGACCUUUUCAAAUCACAGCCAAAGGAAAGGCAGAUUCAGUCAUCCGUCACAACUUCGUCUGCUGCCGCGGAGAGGACGGUCCUGAGAAACUUUGAGGUUGCGCCACCAGUGUUGAUGCCGUAUGGCCCGGCUGAUAGCGAUGGAACGACACCAAUUCCGGCUGGAUCAACCCAGAAAGCGUGUAACGUGUUGUUGAUGCGUCGUGAUUUUGCUUUCAGCUAUGGAGAUCCGUACAUCGGAGACUACACGCCGCCUAGCUGCAAGUUUAACCGGGUGGUGAUGAACUUCACCGUUGUUAGCGAGGGGAGACAGUACGACCGCCUGGCGUUGAUGUACCUCGGUGAUACCGAAGUUUGGAGAACUUCAACCGCCGAACCAGUAGUGCCGCCAGGAAUCCGAUGGGAAUAUCUCAAGGACAUGACCGAGUACCUGUCCCUCUGGCAACAGAAGCAAAAGAUCAUCUUUGAUCUUGGCAACCUUGUCAGCGACAAGUACACCGGCAUCUUCAACACCACCCUCACAGCCACCUUCUUCUACAGCGACGUCGCCACCAAGGCCGCUCCUCCCAGCGACCUCAUCAUCCCCAUCUCCGCCCGGCAGUCCGCCAACAACGCCGUCAGCCAGUUCACCCUUCCCGCGCAAAACGCCACCAACACCAUCUCCAACUUCCCGCUCAACGCCCGCCGCGCCGUCUUCUCCGUCUCCGCCAACGGCCAAGGCAACGAAGAGUUCUGGUGGUCCAACGUCCUCCAAAGCGACGUCAACGCUUUCUCCGACACCGUCGGCGAACUGCCCGGCUACUCGCCCUUCCGCGAGGUACAAGUCCUCAUCGACGGCCAACUAGCCGGCGUCUACUGGCCCUUCCCCGUCAUCUUCACCGGUGGCGUGGUCCCCUCCUUACACCGACCCAUCGCCGGCAUCGAAGCCUUCGACCUCAAAGAACACGAAAUCGACAUCACCCCCUGGCUGGCCGUUCUCACCGACGGCAAUCCCCAUGAAUUCACCAUUCGCAUAGCCGGUAUCAACGACACCCAGUCCUCGUCGUCCUCCGGCCACACUGCAGUCCUGACAGAUCACGUCAACGAAUCGUGGUACGUAACCGGCAAGAUCUUCAUCUGGACCGCGGGCGACAACUCCCACUUUACUGGUGGCAGCAACAACAACAAAAAACCCACCAUCGACGGCCUGACCCCUCUCAUCACCCUCUCCUCCAUCCGCACGCCCCCCUCCACCGGCAACAACUCAUCUAACUCCACAACAACCCCCGAAUCCAUCACCUACACCACUUCCGUUAAACGCUCCCUCCGCGUCCGCUCCCCCCUGGGCGUCUGGACCCAAACUCUCUCCUACACCAACAAAGGCCUCGUCUCGGCGCAGGGAUAUAGCCAGCUAAACGACAUGCUCAUCUCCGGCUCUGAGGAGUCCUCUUCGUCCUCCUCUCCGUCUGACCCUAUUGGUUCCUCUGUUGGUGGUGGUGGCAGUGACUAUGACUACAAAACAACCUACACGUUUCCGUUACUCGCCAACAGCAGCUACUCCGUUUCCCCCCAGGGAAACUUGUCAAUCUGGGGGCACUUGAUUCAGGGGAAAACCCUCACUUUGUCCGGAGCGGCGGUAUUCCCGGAUUAUGAUACCGUUGCUUUCAAUGGAAAUGGGAAGACUCCCAAGUAUAGGGAGUCGAGGCUGGAGACGAAGAAGGAAGGGGAGGCGUGGUAUGAGCAGAGCGGUGAUGGGAAGAACUCGACUGGGAGCGGGGAUAGUAGGCAGGUGUUUAGCUUUGCGGGUGUUGAGACUAAAGGGGGAAGGGGGGAGGAGUUGUAUUUCAGGGAUGUGGAGGCGAGGGGGGGCAGGGUGGUUAGGGAUGUUAAGAGGUUGGGUGGGAAGGAUGUGGUGGUGACUGGAGGAUACCAGUCGGCAGCAGCAGUAACUGGGGAUGAUGAUGUCAGAGUGUUUGGUGGUGUGCCGAACGGUGGUGGUGAGGGAGUUAAGAGGGGAGGGGCGAUGAGGAUGUUUUUGGGGAGGAAUAAUUUCUGAUGAUGAUGAUGAUGAUAAAGUAUACGCUACGGAUGUCAUAUUUACACUUCAUGGUUAAUGAACAUCAAUAAGGAAGUCAUCGAUAUUGUCAUCCACUUCAUGUGCGGUGCAGUGCUCUGCCUGAGCUAGAUAGGUGUAGGUAGGAUGCGCCUUCCGAUCCGUCAAAAAGGAAAAUAAGGAAGGAACG